UACAACUAUGAUAACCCCCAAAGGUAAAUCAAAUGCAUUAAAAACUAUGAAACCAAGAAUCACACGUGCGUAACAUCUUAUUCAUACGUUGCGUGUUUUGGCACUUUACCAUAAAAAACACGCGGUAUGUAAUAAACCCUUCACUGUAAAAAUUAAAAGGAAUUACUGUUAGUAAAAUAAAUAAAUAAAAGGAAAAAAGAAAAUCUGGUCAGAUUCAGACCAGAGUCGUGCGAGCGAAUCCAUUACCGACACCCCUCUAACAUCUAAGUUUCUUUUCACGAGGAAAUCUAAUUAAUACAUUUAUGUUUUGUUUUAUUCCUUUCAUUACCCUUUCGUCCAAUCCAACGGGUCACGUUUAUCCAUUUUCUCAAAUCUAAAUCUUCACCCUCUGAUCAGAUCAUCUCACUGAACAUAUCCUCCUCCCUUCAUUCCUUCAGAUCUAACACGCCACACAAAAACGGAAGAAAAAAAAGAAACAGUUUUUGUUCUUUCUCUCUCUGUUUUUCGCUUCUUGAUUCUUGGAGAGAGAAGAAAACCCAAAGGAAAAGGAAAAAGUUUGAGUCUUUGAGCUUAAAGUUACUAUCUUUACUAUCAUCCCAAAAGACCCAAAUGGUGGAAGCGCAAACAUGGACAAGGAGGAUGAGCAACCCAAGACUGGACUCAAUCGCUACUGCCGACCACAAGGUUUUGGAUAUUCCGGUAACCCCAACUGGUGAUGUUAGAAACAGCGUCUACAGCGUUGGAUCCCAUCUCUCUCCUAACCUUUUAACAGCACUGAUCAUUGCUUCAUGGUUCAUGUCCAACAUUGGAGUCCUUUUACUGAACAAGUAUCUACUCAGCUUUUAUGGCUACCGUUAUCCAAUCUUUCUCACCAUGCUUCACAUGAUCUCAUGUUCUUGUUACAGUUACGUAGCCAUAACCUUUCUUGAAAUAGUUCCAAGGCAACACAUUUUGUCAAGGAAGCAGUUUUUCAAGAUCUUUGCUUUGAGUGUUAUUUUUUGUUUCUCCGUUGUGUGUGGGAACACAUCUUUAAGGUACAUUCCGGUGUCGUUUAACCAAGCUAUUGGUGCAACGACCCCUUUUUUCACUGCUAUUUUCGCUUUCUUAAUCACUUGCAAGAAGGAAUCUGCUGAGGUUUAUUUUGCACUUUCGCCUGUGGUUUUUGGGAUUGUUUUGGCUAGUAAUAGUGAACCUUUGUUUAACCUGUUUGGCUUCUUGGUUUGCAUUGGUUCUACUUCUGGUCGUGCUUUGAAAUCUGUGGUUCAAGGGAUCUUGUUAACUAGUGAAGCUGAGAAGCUACAUUCCAUGAACUUGUUGUUGUAUAUGGCGCCUAUGGCAGCAACGAUUUUGUUGCCAUUUACUUUAUAUAUUGAAGGGAAUGUUGCAAGAGUCACACUUGAGAAAGCUAGGAGUGAUUCUUUUAUUAUUUUCUUGUUGGUUGGGAAUGCUACGGUGGCCUAUUUGGUGAAUUUAACAAAUUUUUUGGUUACCAAGCAUACAAGUGCCCUUACUUUGCAGGUUUUGGGCAAUGCUAAAGCUGCAGUGGCUGCGUUUGUGUCGGUUAUGAUCUUUAGAAAUCCGGUGACCGUGAUGGGAAUGACUGGAUUUGCUGUUACAAUUAUGGGAGUUGUGCUUUACAGUGAGGCAAAGAAGAGAUCUAAGGUCACAACACACUGACAAUAAUUUUAAAAGAAAGGAUGGGAUUCAUUUUGAUCGCCACAAACACGGGUGCGGCUCUUUUUUCUUUUUAUUAUUCACUGUAAUUUCUUGUUUUUUGUUUUUUAUUUUUUAUUUGAUUUAAUGGAGGGAAAGAAUCAAAGAAGAGAAUUUGGAUAAAAGAAAAUUGUGAUUGGAUUGUAUAGUAACGAUGGAGGAAAAACAGGGAAAAGGGUUUGAUGCUCUUUUUUCUUUUUUAUUGGGGUAAGAGAAUAAAAUUCUCUCUUUCACUUUUUCCCUGUUUGUAAUCUUACACAUUCUGUUGCUGCAUUAAUAGGGACAGAUAGAAGACUCAGUUCAAAUAUUCAUUUCAUGUGUUGUAGUUGGGAGAAGAAGUUCUCCCACUUGUAUAUGUUGGACAUAUCUCCUGCUGUUUCAUUGUUUGACUUCAGUGUUCUGUUCAUGAAUUCUUCAUUGUUUAACUUCCAGCUUAAAUCCAUUCAUGUUGACAUUCUUUGGUCUUAUUUCUGAUUUUGGAAGAAUUUCGGUUGUUGGUAAUUCUGUUUCGGGUCUAAUCCUUGUAAUUGGGUUUAGAAGGAAACAUGUUUUUUUAUGAUGGAACAGCCUGAGAAUGAAGUGUUGGUGCAUUUUCAGGUGUCCUGAGAAUCUGAAAAGAAUUUUCUUCUUCUAUAUACCAUUUGAAAGUUCAUCUUUGUGAUCUGUUAUGUGGGUUUUUCCAUCCAACGAUAAUUGGUCAACUGUUCAUAUUUAUUUCUCAUCAUGGUUGUUAUUUUCUGUAUUAAAUAUUAUGUAGAAAACAAAAGGGAUAGCUUGAAUUAAAACUGAUGGACAAUGAAUCAGCGAACGGCCUAUUUCUAGAUAAGCAUUGAGGUCAAUGACCAUUCAUUUUUGUUACUACUAUCAAUAAACGUGUGAAGAACUUUAGAAUCCUUUUAACCACCGCUCCAGAGUUAAAAGUUGGUAAGAUUCCAUAUUUCAUUUCCAGGAAACCAGCUGCAAGUGAUUAAAAUGCAGCUUUUUGCUGACCUGUGCACGAUGUUGAGAUACUGGUUCUGUCUUCUGGACAAAAUACUUUUUCUAUGUUAUGAAUUUGCAUGUUCUAUCAACCGGGAUCAAAUGGAGUUCUGGCAUCGGCAAGUGUUGAUUAGAGAGUUCUAGCUUGAUAGAGGUGUAAUAAAGUAAUACAAUCGAAUGAACGUUUGCAGGUAUUAGCAAAACUGUUCUGUUACUAGUGGCGCAAUUUGGGUCGUCAAAUUUUUACGCUUGAAGUUUGUAGGAAAUAAAAGAUCAAGGAAAUUGAUUUUAGAACGAAAUAACGUUUUUGAAGGCCAAAUCAAUGUCAAUCCAUUCAGAGAUACUUGUCUUAUCGGGAAACAACGUGGAAAUGGAGCUGUGAAUGUCUGAAUGGUCAAUCAACUGACAAUUAUAUAAACACGAAACGGCGUGCCUGUUCAUCUGCUUCAGCUAGAAAACGACCAAAUCAGCCUGCGGUUAACCUAUUCCCUGUCCUGGUUAACCUUGAGGCAUUUGCUCUUAGCAGCCUCGGUGUCGGUUGCCACGUAUGUUUCUAGCAGUUUAAGCUGACAGAAAUCCACUUGGUGUGGCUUGAUUAAGAUUUUCCAAUCAGGGAGGAACUAAGGGUUGCUCAAAAUUUUUGUGGCAGUUGGAACUACAUAUUCUCACAGCGGCUAGCUUUAAAUUAUUGGGUUGGUAGAAAGGCAAGAUUUAGAAUUAUGCGUUUUAUUGUACAUGUAUCUAAUGUGGCUUUGGACUAGGCAAUUCAAACAAACAGGGCCUGGCUUGCAAUUCAUAUAAAAGUUAAUAUUCCAAAUCAUUCGGUGUGGACUUCUUUCUUCCCCCAUUCCAUCUGGUCGAAGGCUUUGCAUAAAAUACAAUAUAA